UCCCACGUUUUCGAUGUCAAAACCGACGUUUUCUUAUUUUCUUUUUAUCGAUGCACGACGAAACGAUGCAAUCUGAGAUGCUUGCUGUACGCGCCGCGACGCCCGACUAGGCGUCUAAUCGUACGUCCGGGAUUUCGCAAAAAUAUGUCCCGUGAGUUAUUGCGUGGAGGCACAUUAUUUCAAUAAAGGCAAAUGAAAACUCGGCGGAAGCAGCUAAAGAUAAAGAAGAAAAUUUCCAGGACGAAGCCAUACGCAUACCUCAGUAUGUGUCAAUAUGCACCAACGAUUUAGAAUUUAUGGACUGAAUACUGAAUCUGAUGAACGACAAAAUAGUUUUUAUUCAGAAAGAAAGCAACAAUAACAUGAUUCUUUGUGAAUGUGAUAGAAAUCUAACAAUAAGCAGUCGAAUAGCAGCUCUCACUUUCUCACUCGAAGACACUUUCUUAAAAAUGAGUCUUGCACUCCUGAAACUGAAAAUGGAGCCUACUACUACGUGUAAGCAAGAAAUGCGUAUAGAAGGAAGUCAAUUGAAUACAGAAUCAACCCCCUUAAACAUGUUUUAUAACAAUUUUUCCAAAACUAUUGAAAGUCAUAAAUUUACCAAUGAAAAUUUUCCUAAUUAUUUUUAUAACGACUACCAAAUAGAUCACUUGCAAGUUCUACAUAACUACAAUCAAACAUACAACUAUUAUCAUUGGUGGGAGACGAGUGACAAUGGCAACUCUUUUGGGUACUGUGACAGUGAUGGUUCGAAGCAUUGUAGUGACUUUACAGCAGAGUAUUUUGAGGAGGAGAAAAACGUGGAGAAUUACGACAAUAGAUGGAUUUAUGAAGUUGAGAAAGUGGAAGAGAGUUUUUUGGAUGUAAACUCUGUGGAUUACACUUCGUCUAAAGAGUUGGAACCGACUUCCGCCCAUAAGCAAAGAAAAGAAAGGACUGCAUUCACAAAAAAUCAAAUAAAGGAGCUAGAAAAGGAGUUCUUAAGGUCAAAUUACUUGACUAGGUUGCGAAGAUAUGAAAUAGCUGUCGCUUUGGACCUAACAGAAAGACAGGUAAAGGUGUGGUUUCAAAAUAGGCGAAUGAAAUGGAAACGAACCAAAACUGGAGAAAAGUGUGCUAUGAAGAGACCUUAUAAAAUUAAAAAAUAAUGACUACCUAACUAAAAAUCUUUCUUGUAAAUUAUAUAAUAUUAAAUAAUACAAACGCGGUGAAAUAAAAAUAUUCUCUAUCAGGUACUAUAG